AUGGUCUCUAACAUUCCCUCAGGUGGUGGAAUUGCCGGAAUAUACCUAGCGGACCUCCUCGAGAGUAACGACCCUGGACUCACAUCAGCAGAAGUUACAAUUUUUGAGAAAGAGCCACAGAUUGGAGGUCGAAUUGGAAAAGCCUAUCGAUACGACGCCCGGGAUAGUUCUUGGACAAGUAUAGCACCUACCGAUAGCGGAGCGUAUAUGUUUGAUUCGGACGAUGAAGCGAUCGGUGACAUGGUUCGCAGGACCUCUUCCGAGGAUCGCAUCGAUCGUGACUUUUUUGUUUGGAGCCGAUCAUUUGGCACAAGUCUCCCUGAUCGAGCUAGUACCUGGGAUGGCCAGACUUUGAACCUGAACCCGACUGAUCGAGUGCCUCUGACAUGGGAAAAUGUCGCAAGGACUCUCUCAAGGCAUGCCUUGUCCCCCAAAUACUGGUGGAAUGUCUUCCAUUCCUUGAAAGAGUCAAUCAAUGGCGAAUAUAUCGAACCUUUAUUGACGAGUUGCCGGAAUUGGAAGACAGGGCAGGAGUGGGAGGAAUAUGACGAUUGGAUAACUUUCCAACUGUUGGUAAAAUCGAUAUUCAUACGGGCGCGACCCGGCCCAGACAAGGAUUUAUUGUCAGAAUUCACAGGACAUUAUUUCAUCGGCUCAAAGCCCCAAUCUACCCUCGACACUGGCAUUGGAGUUCUAUUAGAUGACGUUGUCAAGCAACUAGGCCGACGAACCAACUUUUCUCUCAAUCUACAAUCCGCGGUGACCAAAUUGAUUCAGCGGCCUGAUUCGGCUUGGGAUGCCCACUGGACUUUCCAGUCUCCUCACGUUUUGACAGAAAAUCACAACGGCACAUUUGACUCUGUCAUUAUUGCCGCCCCUUUCGGGCAAGCCUCUCUCCGGUUCGAGCAAUCGUUGCCAAUCACUCCGGAUAAUAUAAGCUACACUUCUCUUCACGUUACCAAUUUCCUAACGGAGCGACCACUGGAUCAUACGGCUUUCAACAUGUCUUUGGAUUACGGCGAGGGGCCAAAUCUUAUAUGGAACGUGCAGAGUGACGGAGUAGCUCAGCCUGGAAAUCCAUGUUCAACCCCGCCGUUUAUCUCGAUCACAAGGCUUUUCAGCGACGUAGGUUCGGGCUGUGUAUCCGACUACGAGAAUCUUUACCGUGUCGUCUCAAAAGACCCAUUCUCGGACGAUGACAUUGCUGCCUUGAUGAAAAAAUGUGGCAAGGCCCGAGAGAGUGUCACUUUCCCGGAUCAAAGCUGCUACAAGUUAAACAAUGGAUACUCAAUGAAUACCGAUCCGGACCUAGCGAUCAAUUACCCCACACGUCCAGAGACCCGCUGGAUGGGCAGGAGCGAAUGUGUUGACGAGCCCUGGAUUCGAUGGGUUGGUCGGAAAUUUUGGCCAUACGCAUUACCUGUAGUGGAAGGAACCAGACGCCAACCGGGCCAGGAUGAUCAGCUGGAGCUGGCACCGGGUUUAUUCUACGUUUCUGGAUUUGAAGGUCGACAUGGAGCAUCUCUAUCAGAGAGCACGAACAGUGCAAGAAGGAUAAAAGAUAUGUUAUUGUCUAAAUAUUUAAAGAUUCAGGAUGGGCAUCCUCAAGCUGGCUCUGACGUUCGUUUGUAA